AUGGCAGCUGAAAAGAAGAGACCUAGAGGCUUGAAGAGCAGCGCGGCUCAAAAGGCUGCGAAAAAGACCAAGGUGGACGAACCCACGGAAUUGACCGAGAAAGACAUUCCCGAAGGAGCACAAACCGUCGUGUUAGACAAAGUCGUCGAAGAAGGCGACGAGAUUGGUGAAGCUGCCGCAUUGUAUGAAAGCGCUGUCGAAAAGUUUGAUAAGGAUCCUUCGGCAGCCCUCUCUUUAUUGCGUGGCACGGUCCAUGAAUCGGAUCGUAUUUUACGCAACUGGGCUUCCGAGGAAGCUUUGCCACUUUUAUUCUAUUUGACCUACGGAUCGGCCCUAUAUGACUUGGGCCGUUUCACUGAGGACGAGGAAUUUGAGCCUUAUCUGGAAGCCGCAGAGGAACGCUUGGAGAAAGGUUUAGAGAAUUACGAAGCCCUUGACGAGGAGGCCAAGAAACAGAACGCCGCUGCAAUGAAUAAAAUCAAGGUGGCUUUGGCCAAAAUCUGGAUUGCCAAGGCGGCUAGCUCCGUAUCGGAAGAUCUUGCAGAGAUUCCUGAUCUUGCGGUGCGUGCCUUGUCAACCUUGGAUGAGGCUUUGCCGGCAUGCGACUACCCUGCCAAUGUAAAGGUAGACUUGGCAGCGAUCGUUCAAAACCACGGUGAUUUGUAUUCUGGAUUGUCCGCUCGCGAUAAAUUCAGACUGUGGUCGGAGAGUCUUUUGGAAACCGUGGUCAAAGAACUGGGUCUGUGCAAACUUUCAUUGGCCAACUAUUGGUUGGACCAAGUGGAGGAUACUGAGGGUACCGAUCCUAAGCUCCAAUUGACGGAGGAAGAACAAAAGGCCUAUGAUGCCAUUGUUGCUAGCAAACAAUAUUUCCAAAAGGCACAUGAUGCGCUUGAAAAGACCGAUCAGCUUACACCCUACGUAUACGCCGAUCUUGCUGAAGCUACGCUCAACGAAGCAAACUUGGUAUUGGAAGAAGAACAACAAAAUACGCUGUACAAACAAGCUGUGGAAUACAUCAAGGCGGCUCAAGAAGUGGCCCAAAAGGCUUCAUUAGAAUAUACUUUGCCUGAGGGCUUGGCAAGCUUUUUGGAAGAUUGGGAGUCCGAGUCCUCUUAA